GGUUAUAUUUUAAGAUAAAUAUGAAGGUAGGAAGAUACCUACCUUAUUCAACUUGAAUUGUUCAAAACUCUUGGUGAAAUUUAAGUUGUGAAAAAUGUUGCUCAAAUCUAUUCAGAAAGGUGUUAUAAAAGAGGUUUUUUUCUCAUGCGUUAUACUUUCAACUUACCUGUUUCAUGGAAUUACUCGAAGUUACCCGUCAUUUUUAUUUUACCAACUCGAUUCGCCAUCUUCAUCGAUCACUGUGAAUGACGAACAGAAAUCAUGGGUGGCUGCGUGUAUAAAUUUAUUGAGUCCCUUGGGAUGCAUCUUUGGAGGCAUAUUGAUGGAUACUUACGGAAGGAAGAUCUGCAUUCAAGGAGUGUUUGUGCCAUUUCUCAUAUCAUGGCUAACCACAGCAUUCGCCAAAAAUGUAUCCAUGCUUUACAUUGCAGCUUUAAUACAUAGUAUUGGAACAGGAAUGUCUUUCAGCACAUCCACAUACGUUUCGGAAAUAGCCACUGCUGGCCAUAGAGGUGCAUUAUUGGGCAUCGUUGAAGUAAUUUUCCACAUCGGCGUCUUUAUGUGCAACUUUCUCAUGUAUUACAUCAAAUGGUCCAUUGUUGCAUUCAUCCUCAGUGUAAUAUCAGCGAUCUCUCUGCUAUUAACUUUCUCAUUACCAGAAUCUCCUACUUGGUUGUACUUGAAAGGACGCAAAGAAGAAUCCAUCAAUACAUUGACUUCGAUUCGAUGUCAAGAUCGAGAUGUGAUUAAAUCCGAAAUAGAUGAUAUGGAGACUUACACAUCGUCUCAAGUAAAAACCAAAUUCAGCGAAACGGUUAAAGACUGCCUCGCCUCUUGGAGACAAUUCUGCAUCGCAUUCGUAUUAUUCUUGUUGACGCAGGGUACAGGAUAUUCCGUAAUGACCUUGUUCCUCAUUAUGAUAGUUGAUCGCCUAAAUAUUCCAUAUCCCAGUACAGAUAUCGCUCUGCUGUAUUCAGCCGCUUGUUCUGUGGCAGGUUUUAUUACACCUUACGCUAUGUAUAAGUUCAAUCGUAAACCUACAUUGGCCGUUUCAGCAUUGGGAAUGUCACUCAGCGCAGCUGCGAUACCUAUCUAUAAAUUGAUCUUUGAAGAAUACGAUGAGAAACCAUUCUCUUGGAUUAUUCCUUUCGCUUUGAGCAUGUAUGUAAUAUGGAGUAGCUUUGGAGUGCUUCCUGUUGGUUUCACCAUUGCUGGAGAAUUAUUCCCGAACAAAGUUCGCGGUAUAAUGAAUGGUAUUUACGGAGCUGUAGCUUACAUCUAUUGGUCUUUUUUGUAUAAAAUCACACCCUGGUACUUGUCCAAGUUUGGAGCAUCCGGAGUAAUGUGGACAUUUUCUGGUUUUGCUCUACUCACAGCUUUAUACAGCAUAUUCGUUCUACCUGAAACUAAAGGUAAAACUUUGAACGAAGUGCAAGAGAAAUAUUUCAAAAAGAAACGAUAAUAAUGCGGAUUAAAAAAAAAACGAAUUAAUUCUCGGUGUUAUCAUUGCUUUCAAAGAGUAAUUACCUUUCCUUUGUGUGUUGUUUUCUCGCAGAUAAAUUUGUUUACUUCCUCAAUUACUAUUAAAACUAUCCCAGUAAUAAGAAAUUCUCUCGACGAAAGUAUUCAUGUCAAAGAACUGAAUUACUAUCUGUUUGGCGAUAUAACCAUCUUUCAAAUUAGCUACGUUUAUCUAAUUAUAAAAACGUCACGUAAAUACCACCCAGUCCUAAUAAAUGACAGAAUUGUCGUAUCACGCUUCUAUAAGUUACCUGUAUAAACUUAAAGCCUUCGGGGCACUACUUCAUAAUAUUUCGUAUUUUAAAUUCUCACUGAACAACGUUCGUGAUUUCAUUGGCGUUUUGUUUGAACGCGUGAUAAGACAGUGUACACUCGAGUAAAGAGUUGCAUAAAAUCACCAAAGAAUAAAUAUUAUACCUAUCUUAAUUUCUAAGACUCUAAGUAUUUAAACCAAUUGUAAAAAAUUUUCGCCAAUAAAAUGAAUUUGCCAGUCAAUAA